UUUCAGGAUUAAUUUAUUAAAAAAGAAAUAACAGAAAAAUACUCAACAUGCAAAAGUCUUGUGAAGAAAAUGAAGGAAAACCACAGAACAUGCCAAAGACGGAGGCAGACCGCCCUUCGGAAGAUGUACCACAGGAGGCAGAUGGAAAUCCUCAACCUUCCCAAGAAGGUGUAAGCCAGGAAGCAGAAGGAAAUCUUAGAGGAGGGCUGACCCAGCCUGGCCAGGGGUUUAAAGAGGACACUCCUGUGAGGCAUCUGGACCCUGAAGAAAUGAUAAGAGGAGUAGAUGAGUUGGAAAGGCUUAGGGAAGAGAUUAGAAGAGUAAGAAACAAGUUUGUGAUGAUGCAUUGGAAGCAAAGACAUUCACGCAGCCAUCCUUACCCUGUGUGCUUUAGGCCUUGAAUUUUUUUUGUCUGAUACUAAAAUCUGGCCCCUGCUUCUUUCUGUUAGUGUUUUCUGAUGUAUCUUUGACCUUCGUUUUACUUUAAUCAUCUGGUGAAAUUUUGUUUUAGGUAGUUUCC